UUUCGCGUCGCUUGCAUUGGACACAACACAAAUCCAACUCCAAUGAUGUUUUGAAGAACAGCAGCAAACUUAUCUCACAAAAUGCCAAGGAAAGUGCUGAAAUGUGUCGUAGAACUUACUUUACAUGCGGUUACAUGUCCAGGUACGUGGCUGCCAUAUCGUGAUGAUGUCUACAUCUCUGUGUGCAUGCUGGGCCAGCACAGAAGAAGUAGGCUGGUCGGCCCAGUGUUCCCUCUGCUUUUCCACGAUAAACUACGUUUUGAGAAGGUGUUCUUUUAUGCCAGAGAUCCUUCACAAGUUGCAGAGCUGAUGGAAGAUGAACACGUGCUAUUUGAGCUCAUCCAAUUAACAGAUUUAGAACAAGGAGGAACCUUGCUAGCUUCAUAUGAAAACAAUACUAGAGAUUUUCUGUAUCCAUCUCCAUCACUGGCCCCCACCUAUGGUACUCAGGACAGAGAGGUGCUCAUGGAGAGAACACUGGAGUUUCCCGGAAUCUCACCAAAGAUUGAGUUUUCUACAAAGACCACCAUUAAAGAAACCAGGUAUCCAUAUGCAGAGGAUGCAGAUACUGCAGGCAGUACAGAGGAAGAUGUGAUGGUACCUAGAAGAACACCAGGUUCGGGGAGAAAAUCAAGGUCUAGGACAAGGACCCCAUCCCGUCUUAAAGAGUAUGAGGAGGAGGAGCGUGGCUAUGAGCAGCAUACCAUAGCCUCAAUUUCUCGUUCCAGAUCUCCCUCUCCCAGCAUGAGACAAAGACUGGAAGAACUCAGUCUUGGGGAGUCCCUCUCAGAUUCAAAACCUCCCUUUGUUGUGAGAAAGAAAGACUCAGCAAGCUUGAUUGGCAGAAUUCCUGGCUCUCCUCCUGCUGAGAGAAAGAAGAAGAAGAAGAAAAAGGGAAAUACACCAAAGAAGAUAAGUCGUGGGAUAAGGAGUAGAUCCCUGUCACCUUCAAGGAAGACAACUGUCUCAGAGUACUGUCCACAUUGCCUGUACCCACACACUGACAAGACAUGCACAGUCUGCAAGCUGUACAAACAGUACACAGGGAAGGGGUACUGGGGCCACUCACUUCACUAUCAUCCAGAGCCACACAGACAUAAAUCCGUCAAGGUGAUCCGUGAGCCAGGUUAUGAACCUCAACCCAUCUUUGAAAGUACUAAUCUUGGUAGCUAUGGAGAAACAACAGAAACAGAUGACUAUCUUGAUGAUCCAGUACCAUCUUAUUCACCAAGACAUUCCAGGACAUAUUCAGCACCUGCACCUAGGGCUCCAAGUCCUAUCCUGUACAAAUCUUCCCUACGUGAUCGUUUUGAUGAACGUCCUUACUCACCAUCUGCUGCAGACAGGAUACGAAGACGUGUAGACACUGCCUUAGCAAGAUCUCGUUCUCCAUCACCAUAUACCUCGCCUAGACUACGUGGCAGCCAUUACGAUUCACUGGAUGAUCUCGCAGUUGAGUUUGAGCUCGCAAGAGAUAGAGACAGGAGCCUUGUCCAUUUGACCAAUGGAGAAUACUGGACACAGAAGGCAUCACAGUACACUGGGAAGUCUCACAGAGAAUUGUUCCAGGACAACUGCAGGAAAAUUUAUCAUAACAUUUACAAACAAGCAAGGACAGAAUUUUUAGAUGACUGAAAAUAUGCCAAGAGAUCAUCAUUAUUACCUUGCUCUGGAAUUAUUAGAUUGUAAUAAAGUUUCAAGUUAAAAUUAUAGCUGGUUCAAAUUGUCAUUGUCCCCAUCGCAACUGAGCAAAUACAAGUUUACACCUAUAUUAGUUAAACUUCAACUGGCAUAUAGAAAUGUACUGGUUCCGAUUUCAUGUAGUAGUAUCUGACCAAGCUCAGUAUAAAUGUAUUUCCUUUCUCCAAUAUCGUAAACUUACUUCAAUGUUUCACAGGUGUACAAAUAUUUCAAUUUUAAUGUCAGAGAUAGUAUAGUCUCAAACUGAUAAUGUUUUCUUGGGACAGGCCAUGAGGUAAAAAAUGUUAUUUAAACUAAAAUUUGAAGAUAAUUUAAAUUUGAAGUUAAUUAAGUCAUUUUUGCUUAAUUUUACCAAUAUUCUAUAAAUUUUUACACAGAUUAUUGCAUUUAAUCAAAAUGUCCUUUAUUUCAAAUUCCAGUGUAUGGGAUAACAGUCAACUAUGUUAACCAUUUUAGAGAACCACACUUUUUUCAUUUACUCAUAAUAACAGAAUUUUGUAAAUAAGUGUCUAUGUUUUUUAUAGAUAUUAUCUCAUUAUUUGUCUUCAUUUUGAUGUAGUAAGUUCUUUUUGCUCAGGAAAUCACAGAAUGUUCACUGUCAAGUUUGUCAUUUUCUUUUGUAUCAACUGCAAUACGUGUACUGCACUUGGUCCAAAGACACCUGAAAUGUUCACUUUGAUACAUUUCAUCAAGAGCUUUAAUUGCUUUACUAUUUUAUAAUAAAAGUUCAUCCUUGCACACACA